AGGCAGCAGCAAGGGCUGCCGAUGAAGAAAGGACACAGCGUCGUGAGAAGAUAUUCACCGGAGAGCGGGCAUUACUUACCAUGGCAGCAGAAUGGCGAAGCGAGGCCGAGAAUAGCCAGUUGGAGGAUAGCGCAAACAAGAUAGUGGUCCUCUCGCAUCUCACGGAUCUCCUGGCAACCUGCAUUACACAGCAAGCGGAGAUCCUUGGUCUCGACAACUCGGUAGCUCAUCUCCAAGACCGCCUUCAGCGGGUGGAGAAGCGACCAGUCGCCGCCGCCGACGCAGGCUCUUCCAACACUGCCGACCGCCUCACCGCAUUGGAGAUGCACGUCGGCUCCCUCCAGGACGGUGCACAGUUACAGCAGACCGCAACGCAACAAUUGCAGCAACGGAUCUGCACUACCGCCACCACCUCGAGUCCAAAGCCGCGUGAGACAGCUCCUAAGUUCGAUGGGCAGGAGAUCUUCCACGACUCAAUGAGGACAGAUCCAAUUCCAUGGUUUCGGAAGUUCGAGCUCACGCUGCAGCUCCACAACGUCAAGGAACACAAGCACCACGCAUACUUUCCGCUAUCGGACAAGAUUCAGGCCGUCCAAGAGUGGCCGGAGCCUCGGAACGUCACGGAUGUCCGCUCGUUCCUCGGUCUCGCCGGCUACUAUCAGCGCUCCAUCAAAAGCUACUCGAAGAUCGCGGCCCACUUGAACAGGCUUCAAUGCGAGGAUCAGCCGUUCGACUUCGGAGAGGAGGCGCGGGGAUCAUUCUUCGCUCUCAAAGCCGCGCUAUUGUCUGCGGAGGUCUUGCGGAUAUACGACCCGCUCUUGCCUACGCGCGUCACUACGGAUGCGUCAGGCUAUGGCAUUGGUGCAGUCCUCGAGCAACAUGACGGUGUGGACUGGCACCCGGUCGAAUACUUCAGCAAGAAAGUGCCCAUCGUGCAUUCCAUUGAUGAUGCACGCAAGAAGGAGCUCCUCGCCUUUGUCCACGCGCUCAAGCGGUGGCGGCACUUCCUCCUUGGUCGAAGCCAAUUUCGCUGGGUAACGGACAACAAUCCGUUGGUCUUUUACAAGACCCAAGACACCGUCAAUAGCACCAUCGCUCGAUGGAUCGUUUUCAUCGACCAGUUCGACUUCUUUCCCGAUCACAUUCCCAGGAAGUCCAACCGUUUUGCGGAUGCUCUUUCACGGCGUCCGGAUCAUUGUAUCGCAGUCUACUCAACCUUCGAGAUCGACGACAACCUGCGGAACAGUUUCAUGUGCGGCUACCAAGCCGACCCCGAGUUUCGCGACAAGUACGCGAAUUGCUCCUCUCCUAAUCCGGCUCCUUCUCACUACCGGAUCCAAGAGGGGUACUUGCUUGUCCACAUGCGGGGGAAGGACCUUCUUUGCGUACCAAGUGAUCCUCACUUGCGUACACGGCUUCUUGGCGAGUUCCACGAUGCUCCCGCCACCGGACACUUUGGAGUCAAUCGCACGAUUGACCGACUUCGCCAACGAUUUUGGUGGCCCGGCCUUCUCGGCGACGUCACGCGGUAUUGUGAGUCAUGCGAGGUUUGCCGACGCUGCAAAUCCCGCAACCAUCGUCCGUACGGCGAGUUACGACUAUUGCCAGUCCCGUUGAGGCGAAGGGAAGCGAUUGCCAUGGACAUUACCGGCCCGUUCCCCAAGCACAAGACCGGAGUGGAUGGGAUUCUUACGGUGGUCGACCGACUCACCAAGUUCGCCAUGUUUUUGCCUUGUCGCUAUCAUGCCAAGGCACCGGAGUUGGCCGAGGUUCUUUACGCCGGUUGGAUUCGAACCAAGGGUUACCCCAAGGAGAUCGUCUGCGACCGCGACACUCGGUUYAUGUCCGAUUUUUGGUUGGCGCUCAUCAAGCGAUGGGGCUCAUCUCUCAAGCCCAGUUCAGCUCGCCACCCUCAGAGCGAUGGCCAGACGGAGAGGGCGCAUCAGACCGCACAGGUUCUUCUUCGCAAUCUCAUCUGCCCCGACCAGAAUGAUUGGGUUGAGCGACUGCCGGACGUCGAGUUGGCCUACAACUCUUCCAUCCACCCGGCUAUUGGGAUAUCACCCUUUGAGUUCGAGCACGGCUCGCCGGUCACGUCACCGUUGGACACUAUUACUCCACGCACGACCGAGAGCGACGACCAUCUUCUUUUCUUGCGUAGGAUGCAAGAGCUUCUUGUCAAGGCACGCGACCAGAUGGCUAAGAUGCAACAGCACAUGAGCCAGCAGGCCAAUCGCCAGCGUCUUCCUUGUCCAUUCCGCACUGGUGACCUCGUCUGGGUUUCCGCAGCGGAAUUCAGCCUUGAACAAGACAUCUCUCGCAAGCUCCUUCCGAAAUGGAUGGGGCCUUGGCCGAUCGUAGCGCCCGCUGGGGACGCACCCGAAGGACCUUCCUUCACGAUUCAGCUGCCCGACCACUUGCCCGUCUACCCAAUCUUUCAUUGCUCCAAAUUGGCUCUCUACACGCCAGCAGAACAUGACGAUUUUCCCGGGAGGCGUACGCAAGACCCACCUUCUAUGGAUGGUUUUCAGGAGGUCGGCGACAUCAUCUCCCAGCGACGCUACGGCAGCAGGCCGACUAAAUAUUUGGUGCAUUUUGCAUACUGCACACACGGAGCUGACUGAUGGUUAACCCGUGCGGAACUUCAAGCGACAGCUCCAAACGUU